AUGUCCCUAUCCAAACCAGUCUCGUUCCCCAAAUUCCCUCACCUGGCCAAUGAGCUCCAAGACCUUGUCUGGGAAUGGUCUCUCAAGGACCGCCACCCGGCUGCUCACUUUGCCCAGCUCGGAACUCAUAAACUCAAAAGCCGACCGCCAAACGGCGACUUCGGGUCCUUUUGGACCCUGACCAUGAUUGAGGAGCUUGUGUGGUCUGACCCGCCUCGCGAGCUCGCAGAGAUGUGUCCUGUCCGUGAGACGCAGGUGGACGUCCUGCUUCGAACGUGCCAGCAAUCACGCCGUAUCGCUAUCCGGCAUCGAAAGUCGUGGGGCCCUGAGGGCACGCUUCAGCUCUACGACCCUCGUGAUGAGAGCCGUGGAGACACCUGGGAUAUGGCAAGAGAUUCCAGAGUCCCAAUCCCUGCCUUUUCCGACAAAUGCUUUCAAAUAAAGUACAUGCCCCCACGACUCUUUGAUCUUCCAUCUCGCAAGGUGGAUAACUCUCGGGACCUCGUCAUCUUGGGACCGGAGUGGAUUAGUGUCGGGCAACAGUAUCAGAAAUCCUUCUUUUCAACCAAGCCGGAAUGGCAACUGCCUGUCCCGCGAGUUCCAUACCUCGCACUUCCCUACACCGCCCGCGAGUCCAUCGACAACCAGCUGUCGGUGGUGGGUGCGAUUUUACGCCUCCGCGCAGGGGUGCUGUACAUCCUCAUCAACCCAGAUGAGUUUGACAACGACGACAACACGUUUGUGGCCGCGGAUCCAGCACUGAAAACGGUCAAGGACAGGCGUAAGGCCCUGGAGACACCUUUUAAAAAGCGUGCGGGGGCUGAAAGCCUCGUGUCUGAAGCACCGGAUAGCUUCUGGUAUGGGACGAGGGAGUACUACGCGCUCAGCUGGGACGACAUCGAGGAAAAGAUGAUGAAUUCCAAGUUCUGGAGACAGCUCACCGGGGGGAUUGAGAAGGCAAGGCAGAUGGAGAAUAAUUGCUGCACCGGAUGCUUUGGCACAAGCUGCAACAGGACGACUGAGACGCUCCCUGCGAUUUGGAAGGUCAUGUCUUGGAGGGACCACAAAUAG